GUUCAACAGACUACAGUUCUUUUUGACUACAGCUGUUAUUUCAAUUUAUCUCUUUUUCAGAAAAUCAAAACAUCAGCGAUCAAAGGAGUAUACUAUGUUGAGCAAAAUUUAUCCGAACAGCUUUUCAAGGUCAAAGGAUGGGGAAUGUCGUUGAGCCCGUGCUGGUGGGGAUGCGAUUUACGAAGGUGUUGGCAUUCCUCGUCUGGCCCAGUGCAUUAUAAUGUCAUAAUUGACUGCGGUGAAACUUUUUACAAAGGUUUCACAGUUGUUGAUAUUCUGGACUUCCUUCGCGAGCUCAAGUCACUGGCACCAAAAGCAAUAUUUGCUAAUGAGUUCCCAUUCUAA